AUGAGUUUUCGAGAAAAAGUACGAAAGGUGUUUCAAAGACACAAAUCCAAGGAUUCCGAGACAGGAAUCAAAAUCGUAUACUACCGACGCAGCGAGAUUCCACCGUCAAAAUUCAAGGGACCGUUCGACAAGGAGCAUCAGAAAAGACUGGCAGCAUGGUCGUUCCGGGAAGCCCAGGCAGAUCGUCCACGUUCCCUCGACUUAUCUCUCUCGCCUUGCACAACCUUGCCGGACUACCUAAGACCUCGGGAGAUUGCCGACGCGGCUCCAGACCAGGUUCAGGCCACCGAGACCCGGAUAGCGGGGAUCGCGGUGUCUAACGGAGUGUCUCCGACGGCCUAUCACGACGAAUUUAUCCAAGAUCGACAAGGAACUACAGGAUCCUUGUCUUCCACCACUGCCGUCGACCCUGAGAGCUUUAGCGACUCAACAAUGACGCUGUUCCUUGACCCUCUUGAGGACGAGACCGUGAUCAAGAUCAAAGAGUCAGUCCGGACAACAUCGCCGAUUGUACGAGCCAUAUCGCCACCGCCUCUUCCUCUCAAGGGAGCCUCCAUGCCUUUUGCACCCGAAGAUUUAACACGAGCGUUGAACGCUGUGCAGAUCUAUUCAUAA